AAUAUUUUUUAAAUAUAUGGAUAUAUAUAUAAUAUGUAUAUAAUGGACUGUAUCAGAUAAUUUAAAUUUUUAGUAUUUGUGACUUUUUUCGUUUUUUACAGAUAUUGCAUAUUAGUAAUUAGCUAUUUGGUUUGAUUCAUAAAAUUAUGGAUAUUCAGACUUUUCUGUUUAUAUCGAAAUGAAUAAUGAAUCAGAUAAAAAAAAUUAUAAAUAUUUUGCCUACCCCGAUAGAUCCUCGUUUGGUGUUCUUUUAUUGUUGUUAAUCGUUAUGUUCGUUCUUUUUAUCGCGGCUAAUUCCUCUAGCAUAAGGUUUUCUUCUCCCUCGUUAUUUUCAUCCUCGUUUGGUGUUCUUUAAAUGGUUGUUAAUCGUUAUUUUUAUCUCGUUAUUCGCCGCAAAUUUCUCUGGCAUUAUAUUUUCUUCUUCCUUGGGUGUAUGCUUGUAUGGUUCAUCUUUUGAGCUUAGUAGUGUCGUGUCUACUUCUUGGUGGUCAUUGUUGUCAACUUCAAUUUUGCAGUUUCGUCAAAACUUGUUCGGUAUAAAACGUCUAGUUUUGUGUAAGUUUCCCUUGUUUGGAUUGUAUCUCGUGUGUUUGUGUAAGUUUCCCUUGUUUGGAUUGUAUCUCGUGUGUUUAGCCGUUUGACUCUAGUGUCGAUACUUCACGACAGCCGUUUGUAUUCUAUUUUGUUUUUAUAAGUUUCCCUUUAUUAGUUUUAUGUUAUCAGAUGACGGAAAAUAAAUGUUAAAUUGGAAAACCAAUUGCUUAAAAUAUUUAAUUCCACCAUACAACAAAUGAUUAAGUUUGAGAAAGUGGUGUAAAAAAGGAAUAAACAUGACCUAAUAUUUCUUUAAACCACAGCCUGUAGAGUCGUUUUCAAAGUGACAUAGGAAUCAUAAAAAGCUUAUAUUUGUCCCACAUAUUUGGAUCUAUGGGGCACAAAGACAAUAUGUUAAACGCAUUGGUCACCAUCAAUGGAUCCAUGGGGCUCAAAGACAAUAGAUUAAAUGCAUUGGUCACCAUCAAUGUAUAUAGCAUAUGAUAUCAUCAUGUGAUUUAAAAGGCACCUUCCUCCCACUUGAAUAAAACUCACAUGUUUGAGUUCUAUGCUUUAUCUUUCUUUAGUGUACUUUGAAAUGUGAUUCACUUGUUAUGCAUUAUCUUUGACAAUCUCCAUUAUCACUCGAUGAAAAGUAUCCAGCACUACUUAUCAACGAUCAAUGAGACAUUAUCUAUUAUAUUUAACAAAGAACAGACAUUAUCUUAAAGAAUCAUUCAACUGCACAAUAACCCAAUCACAAACAAUAUACUAAAAGGGAGAACAUUCCAAUUUUGUUAAACUAACCAAGUGCCAAGUGAUUAUGGUUUUAGUUAGGUAAUCUUACAAUAGCAAGUCAAUUCACUAAGAAUGGUACUUAGCAUAAUAUCAUUUAGUAUUGGAGAAUAUUAUAGAAGCCAAAUGAAAUAUUCGAAAGUUACUUAACAAACAAAAAGCAGUAGAUAAACCGCUUUGGACUAAAUAUAGACUAGUUAGUUUAGAUCUCGUUAUAAUCCAACUCUAAAGCCUAUAUACAUCUUCCCCUGGAAUCGUGUCAACAACACAACCCUAUCUUUAGAAGGGGGAAUAACAAAACAAAUCAUCUUUUUAAAAUUAUCUAUCAGCCCCACAUAUUACACAGUUUCUAAAUCUCACCCUUAAAAAGAUUUUUUUUGAAUAAAACUACACUAUCUGUCUCAGUUAGCUAUUCAUAUAUGCAUUAUCUAGGCUCAUUUUGAAAUUUUAUUGUUAUUUAUAUUCCAAUUAAGGAUAAGUAAACAGUUAAUUUUGGAUGUACUUGAUUAAUUCAAUAAUAUUGGGGCUAAAUUCAAAAUUAGAGCUAAAAUACAUGGGCCAUAGCCAAGUCUCCACCCAAUAAAAAGACGAAACGAGACUUUCCUUGUCGUCAAAGUCUUCUAUAAAAAGUAACAUUCAUUAGGCUAAACACAAACAACACGAAGAUCCCAAGAAACGAGAGAAAGAAGACAAAGAAGAAGAAGAAAUGAAGUUGGUUUGGUCUCCGGAGACUGCAUCUAAGGCUUACUUAGACACCGUUAAAUCGUGCGAGAAUCUUGAAACACCUGACGCGGCGGAGCUAAUAUCAGCGAUGGCGGCCGGAUGGAACGCGAAGCUAAUCGUCGAGACAUGGUCAUACGGAGACGCAAUAGCCUCGAGUAUCGGCUUAAACGUCGCGAGCCAACACGCAAACGCGAAACACGUAUGCAUCGUACAAAACGCAAGAUCGGAAUCAGCUUAUCUCCAAGCCAUCCAAGAAUCUUCAUCUCCCUUGAACUUACCGAAGACGAUCAUCGCCGAAGAGCCCGAGAUGGCGAUGAAGGAGAUACAAGGGAUAGAUUUCUUGGUCGUGGACUGGCGGAACAAGGAGUUUGCAGCGGGUGCGUUGAGGAACGCUGCGUUUGGAAGCAGAGGAGCGGUUGUGGUUUGUAGAAACGGGUAUUCGAGAAGCUCUUCGGGUUUUAGCUGGAGAAGGGCUUUGAGAGAGAGGGAAGUUGUUAGAACGGUGACUCUUCCGGUCACCGGAGGUAUUGAGAUUGCUCAUGUGGCGGCUAGGAACUCGGGGAAGAUUGAGAAGAGUAAGAGGAGAUGGAUCACACAUAUUGAUCAGAGGUCAGGAGAAGAACAUGUAUUUAGUAUCUAGAGAGUAAACUUUUAUGAGUUGUGAGAAGUGUGUUAUUUGGAUUCUUGUAUAUCACUUUGUACAUAAGACUCCAUAGAUGCUGUUGUAUCAUACUUGUUUUAGAUCUCAGCAACAACCAAUGAUAUAUAAAAAACGUUACAUUGGUUGAAAGAUUGAGCAAGACUGUAAAAUCUUUGUUUGUAUCUUAUCAGUUUCACUCUC